AUGGCUCCCAGUGCACAUGAACAAUCACAAGCUCCGAAUACAAAAUGUAAAAAGUGUAAUUUAGUACCGGUAACGGGGCUAAAAUGUGUGAAGUGCAAAAGUGUUAUGCAUCCUGGAUGCAUAAAAUAUUUAAAGAACAUUAAAGAAAUUGACGAAAACACUAUACUGUGCUGUGAAAGUUUAGACGAGAAAACCAAAGUUAAUAUGGCCGACCUUGAUUCCUCAUCGGAUAGCAUAACGACGGUAAUCGAAAAUAAUAUGGAAGUGGAAUACCUAAAAAAGUUAUUAACUGAAAAAGACAACGCAAUAAACUAUCUUAAGGAUAACAUUAUUGCUUUAAAUGAACAAAUUAAAAUGCUGAAUGUGUUAGUUAACCUUCAAAAUCCAGGUGUAAAUCAAAAUCAUUUAUGUACGCAUCCUCCAUCUAUGAACGAAUAUCCAAAUAAAAAUAAAACCAAAUACAACGACACCACGAAAGCAGUAAACAAUUCCGAGAAAAAAACAAAAACAAAAAACGUAAACAAAACAAGCAACGCUAAUACAACAAAACUGACCUCCAGUCGCGAAAAUCCAAUAACAAGUGCACAAGUGACCACAGCCAUCUUACAAACUCAAACGAAUAAUAAAAUGAAUGAAUUAAUAAAUUUAACGAAAGACGAUCAAAAAAGUUCCAGUGCUAAUUCAAAAAUAAUAGGCUCAAAUACAAGUGAAAAUGUAGCAGCUAGUGAAAAAUUAUGGCUCUACGUUUCUAAAUACAAAACGACGUACACUAUAGAUGAAUUAAAUAAAUUUCUCCAGGGAAAAUUCCCAAGCAAUUCAUUUAUAUGCAAACAAGUGAAAAACUGGGGAAUAUACAGCUCUUUCAGAGUUGCAGUGGACAUUGAACUCAAAGAAAAUUUACUAAACCCAAACUUUUGGCCAAGAGGAAUAGAAGUCUCUGAAUAUAUUUUUCGGACAGAGCCCAACGGAUUUUGGAAAUAUAAAAACAGCAAACAAUAACAAACAUACCUCUAAAAAAAUAGAAAUAACAAUUGCUCAUUUAAACGUACAAUCCCUGUAUAAUAAAAAAGAAAAAAUGGAAAUAUUCUUAAACAAAUAUAAACCAAAUAUCCUUUGCAUCGUUGAACAUUGGUGCUCAAAAGAAAAAAUCGAACUAUAUGGAAUUGAUGGAUACCAACUAAGCUCGUUUUUCUCCAGAGAACUGCAUAGCCAUGGAGGAACCGCCAUUUUCAGAAGAGAUGACCCAACC